CCACAGACGCACAGCGGCAGCGCAGCUUUCACCCACAAUGAUAUUCAAGGCACUUGCGGCUCGUCUGCAGCGAUAGGAGAAAAGAGGACAGAAAAGAGAGCCUCACCUCCUCUAACAGCGAGUGAGGUAGGGAAAAGAGUCAGAGAGCGAGAGGAAGACGAGAGGCUGUGGAGUUAAAAGAAAGACAACGGCGGCUUGGACCUCCUGCCAGGACUCUUUAAUUGUCUGCGCUUUAUUAUAAAGUGUCUAAUUUUCACACAGAUUCGACAUGUCAUCAUCCGGUAAAGACAACAGCGGUGCCCAACACGCCAAUUACGUGGGACCUUACCGUUUGGAGAAGACGCUCGGAAAAGGACAGACAGGGUUGGUCAAACUUGGAGUCCACUGUGUAACAUGCCAGAAAGUCGCCAUUAAGAUUGUGAACCGUGAGAAACUCAGCGAGUCAGUACUAAUGAAGGUGGAGCGAGAAAUAGCUAUUCUGAAACUCAUAGAACACCCACAUGUUUUAAAGCUACACGAUGUCUACGAAAAUAAAAAAUACUUGUACCUCGUGCUAGAACACGUGUCUGGUGGUGAACUGUUCGACUACUUGGUGAAGAAAGGCAGGUUAACACCUAAAGAGGCCAGGAAAUUUUUCAGACAAAUCAUGUCUGCCUUGGAUUUUUGCCACAGUCAUUCCAUAUGUCACAGGGAUCUAAAGCCAGAGAACCUCUUGCUAGAUGAAAAGAACAACAUCAGGAUAGCAGACUUUGGCAUGGCUUCCCUUCAGGUUGGCGAUAGUUUGUUGGAAACCAGCUGUGGAUCUCCGCACUACGCAUGUCCAGAGGUCAUCAGGGGAGAGAAGUAUGACGGGAGGAAAGCAGACGUCUGGAGCUGUGGGGUCAUUCUUUUUGCUCUGUUGGUGGGCGCCCUACCGUUUGAUGAUGACAACUUAAGGAAUCUUUUGGAGAAGGUGAAGCUGGGUGUGUUUCACAUGCCACACUUCAUCCCUCCAGAUUGUCAGAACCUUCUCCGUGGCAUGAUUGAAGUGGAUGCCUCCAAAAGAUUAACGUUAGAACAGAUCCAGAAGCACACAUGGUACAUAGGAGGCAAAAAUGAACCAGAGCCAGAGCAGCCAGUUCCCAGGAAGGUGACCAUCCGCAGCCUGCCCUCUGCAGAAGAUAUCGACCCCGACGUACUGGACAGCAUGCACUCUUUGGGCUGCUUCAGAGACAAAAACAAAUUACUGAAAGACCUGCUCUCAGAUGAUGACAACCAAGAGAAGAUGAUCUACUUCUUGCUAUUGGAUCGAAAGGAGAGGUACCCUAGUCAGGAGGACCAGAAUCUUCCCCCUCGCAAUGAGAUUGAUCCUCCGAGGAAGAGAGUGGACUCUCCCAUGUUGAAUCGUCAUGGCAAGAGGAGACCAGAGAGGAAGUCCAUGGAGGUCCUCAGUGUCACGGACGGAGGCUCACCUGUCCCGGCCAGGAGGGCUAUCGAUAUGACACAGCAUGGACAAAGUAAAUCAGUUUACAGUAAAAGCUUGGAUAUUCCUGAUGCCAGUACAAAAUGCAGCAAAGAAGAAAGGUCGCGGUCUAUUAGUGGAGCCUCCUCUGGUCUCUCCACCAGCCCGCUCAGCAGCCCACGGGUUACCCCUCACCCUUCCCCUCGAGGCAGCCCCCUCCCCACCCCAAAGGGCACCCCAGUGCACACUCCCAAGGACAGCCCAGCUGGGACACCUACUCCAACACCGCCCCCAAGCCCCUCUAUUGGAGGCAUGCCUUGGAGGACGCGCCUCAACUCCAUCAAGAACAGCUUCCUGGGCUCACCACGUUUCCAUCGCAGGAAACUCCAAGUUCCCACACAAGAGGAGAUGUCCAGCCUCACACCAGAGUCUUCCCCAGAACUUGCCAAAAAAUCCUGGUUUGGUAACUUCAUCAACCUGGAAAAAGAGGAACAGAUCUUCAUUGUCAUCAAAGACAAACCUCUCAGCUCAAUCAAGGCAGACAUCGUUCAAGCCUUUCUCUCGAUUCCCAGCCUGAGCCACAGUGUCAUCUCUCAGACCUCUUUUCGAGCAGAGUACAAGUCAACAGCCGGCCCCACAGUCUUCCAGAAGCCGGUGAAAUUUCAGGUGGAUAUCACCUACACAGAGAGCACAGCUGCCACUAAGGAGAAUGGCAUCUACUCUGUAACCUUCACCCUGCUCUCAGGACCCAGCCGACGCUUUAAACGAGUAGUGGAGACGAUUCAGAGCCAGUUGUUAAGCACACACGAUCAGCCUGGGGUCCAACAGCUUUCCGGCAGCCCAUUGAGUAACUUCUUUGACGUAAUUAAACAACUUUUUUCAGACGAGAAGAAUGGACAGGUGCCCUACCCCCCUGGCACGCCCUCCAAGCACUGCCCCUCACCCAUGCACGUCCGGAGGCAUGACCCAGAAAAUAAUGACACCAAAUUCCCCGCUGCAGGCCGAGACAGAGCCCACUUGUCGGUGGCAUCUGUGGGGACACCAGAGGAAUCUUAGACCGUGGCGCUUUGUAGCCAUCCCAGUAUCACUUUAAGCCAGAGACACAGAGAGAAUAUGCUAUCUGUACAUAGCUAGAUAUAUAUAUAUAGAAAUCAUUUAUGGACAUCUUUUCUAUAAAAUGACUUUAUAUAGAUAGAAAUAUAUUAAAAGAAUCAAAGUGAUAUUUUGCAAACAACAUGUUGCACCAACACAACAGACACACACCCUUGCCAUUCCACUCCCCUUUCCAUUACCCCUCAGUGUCCACCAUCAUUACCACCCCUGUACCCUAACCAUCUAAUCACCUGUGGGCCUCAGUUGUUUGCUCCCAUGCUGCUGCUAACCUGUGUGAUGACCUGACUUGUUUCUGAUACCAGGAAUUAUCCAGAAAACCUAUUAAAGUCCAUCCUCCUGCUCCCUGCUCCAUUCGCCCUCCCUCGACCACCCCUCCACACCCCUCCAGCGUGCCAAGAGAGACGGACAAUUGUUGACGGAGGACUCUUCUUAUAGCGGUGUGCUGGGGGAGGGGUUACCAUGGAAACAGACCCUUCAUGCAGACUUCUACCUUCAUCUUCCUCUGCACCCCGACUCCACCCCUGGCAGCCAUCAGUAGAAGUAGACAAAAAAAAAAAUCCUGUAGUGUUCUUGUUCUUAGAAACACACAAGCACACACAUCCCAAUAAAAACAAGACCACUCGCUCCCCUCACCAGCUAUCACCGUUCUCUGACCUCAAGGAGCAUUUGCUAAUUGGAAAACGAGCAUUAUUCAAAAACACUACAGACGCCACAUACACAAAACAUACACGCACAGAUCCAGUAUGCACAAAAACUCUGGGAUGUAUCAACAAUGAUGAACAACAUUUUAAAAAAAAAAGAAGACAACAUGCAGAAACACGAGGAGGAGAGAAGGGAGAGGAGUUUUGUGGAAAGCCCAAACAGCCGACACGGAUGCUUGCUGGAUUGUAUUUGUUUGCUUUUUAUUAUAAUGUACUUUCUUUGUGAAGAACUGGGUUUGAAAUACUAACUGACUUUAUUAGACUUAAUACUAUUGCUGCAAAACAGACUGGAAUUGUGUUUUCAGAGAGGAGUUGGGUGCGAGAAGAACAGGGCAGCGGGAGAUAUUAAAUGAUAGUAUAGGGUGGGGGGAGGGAAGUGGGUGGAUAUUCGGGUAUUUAAAAUGAAUGAUCUAUUCUGUUGUACAGACUGAUAUCAUUUCUUAUGUAAAAAAAGAAAAAAAAAAAAGAAAUGUCUAGUUGUGACACUGUUUAGAUACCAUAGGAACAGGUUGGUAAACCUGAGCCUGCCACUUACUGUCAUUUUAAAUUCUGUGUAUUUUUGUUACAUGAUCAUGUACGUCUUUGUUUGAUUGACCCAAUAAUGAUCCAAACACUCCUGUUUCCUAUUAUCUGCAGCAUUUUUUUCUUUGGUUUUCAUUUAUACCUCUCUCUAGUCUCACUUACCAGCAGUAGGAGUAGAGAAACAAACGAAAAAAUGACGUGAUAAAUGCAACUGUGGAUAUUUUUGUAUUGUUGUCCUUAUUUAUUCAUGUUUGUUCAUCUCACUGUUUGAUUUCCUAAUUUAUUAUAUCUUGGCUAUUUAUAUGAACAAAGCUGUUAGGUCAGUUGAAUGUUAUUUAUUACCCUCUUGUGUGUUCGUAAAUGGGACAUUUAAAGAAAAAAAAAAGAACUUUUAUUUCCUUUGCUUUGGUCUGACUUUAACUGAAUUAUGUGAACUUUGACAAGUCAUAAAUUCUCUUUUCCAUGCUCUCUCUGCAGAGGGAAAGAGAACUUGUGGGAACUCUUGGAAAAAAAAUGAUUUACCAGUAAUUUAAGAAUGUAGACUUAGCCUCUUUUUGGAGAGGGAAUAUGCUCUUCUAUUGAUAUUUGUCAGUUUCAUAUUAUUGUGCGUGUAGGCCAGGCUGGAGGAGAAGAACACCACAGAUCCUGAUCUGCUUCUUCUCUUUGUAAAUAGACAGACAAACCGUGGGGGUUGAUUGUUUUCUCAACAAUGCUGGGGAUUCCUGCUCUGUGCUUUUAGCUUGUAUUGCUGUGUGCAUGUCAAAACAUGAGCUUUUCUUUGCAUGGCUUUAGUGUUAAUGUUCCAUGCCAAACUCACUCCUUCUCUCAGCCUUCAUCACUUCUCUUUCCACAAAACUACCUUUUAAAAUUUAAAUUCCCCUUCUGUCCCUUACUUUCCCACCCUUUCUGCUUUUAUUUCUGGCUCUUUUUUUCUUUUAAAUUGUUCCCUUGGCCCUGCUGAUCUUUCCCUUCGUCCUCCUCCUCCUCCUUAUCUUGUGCACAAAGUUUUUGAAGGAUGCUUCCUCAACUCUGUACCUCUCUCUGGAAGGCUCUGAGGUCUGGGCUCUCUCUACCCGUUAGUAGUAGAGGCACAGGGAGGGGAUACCAGUACUACAAACACAAAGCAAUACCCUGAUAUGCGCCCUCCUUUCUGUUUUCUACAAUGGGAAGCUAGCAGCACUAAGGAUAUCUAAUGAUUCAGAGGCCUACAUGGGUCUUUUGACAGAGCAGGAGCAAAACUGACUGUAAUCCCCAUAAAACAUAACUGUGAGCAUCUUCAGUGCUGAAACAAAUAAACUCAUUCAGUUAUGGUG